AUGAUAGCAAUAGAUAUGACACAAUGGGUUCAUAAGUAUCUUCAUAAAAUGCUCGAUAAAUUUGAUGAAACAUUACAUGGUGCCAUGAUCGCAUUAUUGAUAGACGUGUGUGGAUCAUUAGUCGUAGCUUUAAGAGGAGGAUUAAAUUAUUCUUCUGGUGUUAGUACAGAUAUGAAUAUUUUAUUUACAAACCCGGCAAGAAAAGGAGAUGUUUUAAUAAUAAAUGCAGAAUGUAUAAAAUUUG